UGUGCAUCAACUGGUAUCUGCGGUGGAUCAGCGAUCUGCACUCCACAGCCAGUGAUGAGCACACAAAUUCAAUGUCAAUGUGCCCCGUCGUAUGGAUGUGGCCAGUAUGGUUGCUAUAAACUUCGAGCAAGAGCCUCGAAGAAUCUUUACGCUGUUGAUGGAGAGACUUCUUCGUCGUUGGAGGCUUUCCGACGACUGCGAGAAUAUUCACAAGAAGAGAGCGGUAGAGUGGAACCGCUCCGAGAACUGUCUGCAAGACCGAUAGCGAGCGAUGUUCCGUCGACAGGUGAUCGUAGGCAUCAUGCAGACGUUGCUGUGAGUCCGAACGAAGCCUUCUUGAGUUGUUGUAUGGAUCGACAGCUACCGGAUGCGUGCCUUCAAAAGUGCAAUUUUCAUUCGUAUACGAAGCAGGCGUUGACAGCAAUGUUCUUCAAGCAAGAUGCAUGUCCUCUGGAGGCAAUGAGAGAGAUGCAGUAUUGUGCAGCACAAGGCCGUGACCAUCGUGAGUGUUGUAUUCGCAAUGGUGUGACCAACACUAUUGCUGGAGAUAAGUGCUUGGUCUUCUGCGAUCAACGUCCCGGUAUCGUCACUCAGCUGGACAUCACGUAUUUAGCGUGUUUCGAUCGACUUCUAAUUCCAUCGUUCAAUGGAAACGAUUUGAUUUUUCCUGUUGAUGGACCACUUGGACGAAAUGGGCCAAACCUGAACGAAACGUUGGAGUGUACAAUUAAAGAUGCUGAAUUUGGUCGAUGUGCUUUCCAGCAAAUGACUCUUCAAGAUCAGCGCUUUUGGAUGAGCGCUAUCUCAUCGGUUGCUUCGAAUAUGGCUGGAUGGACGUUGUUGGCCGAGAAAAUUCGUGGCUAUCAACCGAAAGGAACUACUAUGAGAAAGUGCACUCAGAGUUGUUUUGGCACAUUCCAGUUGCAUCCACCAGAGACCAAUCCACCCGACAAUCGUGGCUUCUCGAUUGCACGAAUCCGACGAUGUGGUACACAACGACAUCUGAAUUACAAUAAAUCAUUGCAAAUAGAUCAAUCACUCAGUUACAAUUUCAAUUACCGACGUGACGCUCAUUCGUCACGAGAACGACCAGCAACAACAUCAACAGCAACGCUACGGUACAUAAACACAAAUUUAGCGAUGCAAAACAAUGAUCAACGAAGCAGAUCAAGUGUUGCAGAUAAUAACACUCAAAUGAUGCAAGGGGAUCAGUUCGAUGUAAAUUCAGCGUUGAACGUUGAACAACGAUUCAGACGAGCGGAUGACGCCGCUUUCAGAUGGUGCACUCCUGCCAGCAACGAUUCUUCAACAGCAGUGAUGAAUGCGAAUCGCAGUUCUGAUCAACUCAAAUCAACUCCACAAAAACAAUCCGCUAACAAUUCAGAACCUUCAAUUCAAAACUCGCGUUAUUUCAGCUCAUUGGCCUCCGUCUUCGGAUGGAAUAAAGCAAAAGCAAUAUGCGAGAAACAUCCGAACAUCAGUAACGUUUGUGUGCUGGCACAACUGUUACUUGAAGAAGACGAAAUGCAAAGAGAUGCUGCUAUAUCAUUGACGUCCUCAUCGACAACCAGCUCUCGAACGUCCACCGAUAAUGAGUCUAGUACUGGAAGUACCACAAAUAAAAGCGAACAACACCACAGCGAAUGUACUGAAACAAACACAACUACAACUGAAACGAGCAGCACCUCAAGUGGAACCUCGAGUGCUACUCCCCAAAGUCAAAAUCAAUCUCAAUUACUCGUUAAGGUUCCGAAUCAAUCAGCAGGUGUUAUGAAUAAUCAAGAAUCAUCACCAGAUGCUGCGUUCUCCUCGUCCACUUCUUCAUCACCUUCACUUGAUUUUCUAUCGUUGAAUCUAUCAUCAUCUGCAUAUCAGAUCAAUGACCGUCUUAGUGAUGUUGUUCUAUGUGAUGAUUAUCCAGACUUAAUCCAGCUAUGA